AUAACUCUCUGAAGCAGGUUUAGGGUUUCUGUAAUCGAACUCUGCUCCUUCGGCCGCCCGAGCGAACCAGAACGCUUGCUCUCUUCGGAAGCCCUAAUCAUGGCGGAGCAGACCGAGAAGGCGUUUUUGAAGCAACCCAAGGUUUUUCUCUGCUCUAAAAAGGGCGGGAAGGGGAAGAGACCUGGAAAGGGCGGGAACCGUUUCUGGAAGAGUAUUGGAUUAGGAUUCAAGACGCCAAGGGAAGCCGUUGAAGGAACAUAUAUUGAUAAGAAAUGCCCCUUUACCGGAACUGUCUCUAUCAGGGGACGUAUUUUAGCUGGAACUUGUCAUAGUGCUAAAAUGGUCAGGACCAUUAUUGUCAGGAGGAACUAUCUACAUUAUGUUAAGAAGUAUCAGAGGUAUGAGAAAAGGCACUCCAACAUUCCUGCCCACAUAUCUCCUUGCUUUCGUGUGAAGGAGGGAGAUCACGUUAUUAUCGGCCAAUGCAGGCCAUUGUCGAAGACAGUUAGGUUCAAUGUGUUGAAGGUCAUUCCUGCUGGAUCCUCAAGUAGUGGGAAGAAGGCUUUUACGGGGAUUUAAAUAACGUAGGCUUCCUCUUUUGAUACAAAAACAGCAACUGUUUAGAGUUGUAUGCCAUAUUUAAUUCAACAGAGUUUUGAAGACUUAUAAUCUGAAUUUUGAUUCGAGUAUGGACUGUUUUAUUGUGUUCUAUUUGUUUUGAUUUCUGGUAAAUUUAGGUGGGUAAUCUCAAGGAUUAAUGUUAGAUUGUUCAUGUUUCAAUUGAAAACGCCCCUUGAUUGAUGAAUUA